AAUCAAAGACAGAAAAGAGAAGAAAUAGAGCUGAAAUAAAGCGAAUUACGGGAUUACAGUAGAAGCGGAGAGAGAGACGAGAAGAAAAUAUUAGUACUAACGAGAGAGAGAGGAGGAGAAGGAGAAGGAGAAGAGAGAGGAGUGAAAGCUGUCUCGUGAAGCAGCAGGUGAAGAAGGCAAAUUAAUUAUUAAAAAGAAAAGAAAAGAAAAAAGCUCUUUCUUUUGAUUGCCUCUCUUCUCUCUGUGUAAACCCAAUAACCUUCUCUUUCUUUAACACUUCACAUUCAUUCUUUGCUUCUUCCUUUUAUAUAUCACGAGAUCCCCAUCUCUUUUCUCUUUCUUCUUUUCUUCUUCUUCUUCUUCUUCUUCUUCUCUCUCUAUCUCUGUCUCAUGUCUUCUUCUCCAGAGACAUUUCUGGGUUUCUCUUAUUGUUCUUGUUCUUACUCUUGUUUUUGUUUUCACACACAUUGCUAACAAGAGUUCUUAGAGCAUAACUUUGAAGAAAGGAGCAAAAAAAAUCCCUCUGUUCUCGUUAUUUUUUCUUGAUUUUAAUAUUACUGUGAGCAAAAAAAAUGUCGCAUUCUGGGAACCCCAUUGGAGAGGUGGGUUUGGAUUCUUUAACCGAUCAGCUUCGAGACUCAUCGUGUUCACUCGAAGCUAACAAGCCUGAUUUCCGAGAACUCGAUCUGGGUUCUCCCGUUUCUCCAUUGAGAACACGCGGCCUCAACACGACCACCACCACAACAACAACAACCACUACUAGCUCCAGCUCCAGCUCAUCUGGAUCCGCAUCCGGUACACGAAAUGGGCCACACCCAGUUCUCAAAUCUAACCAUUCCGGCGAACUUAGCGAAACAACUUCGAUCAGAACUCCAAAACCCAGUUCAAGAUCCGACCCGUUAAUAUACUCCGGGAGCGGAAGUCAGAGCUCAGUGAACUCUCCUGCACCUAUGAAUGUACUUCCCACUGGGAACAUUUGCCCAUCAGGGAAGAUCUUAAAGACAGGCAUGGGAAUGGGUCAUCGGAGCUCCAAAAGUGAUGUCUUGGGAUCAGGAACGGGUAAUUACGGCCACGGGAGCAUAAUGCGGGGUGGAGGAACGGUGAAAUGUAGUAACUUGGAUGUGAGUAGUAGUAAUAGCAGUACUUGUAGUAGUAUUAGUAGCAGCAGCAGCAGCAGUAGUUUUAGUGUUCGUGGAAAUAUUGGUGGUGGAGGCAGAAUGCUGGAUCCAGAAGAGGUAAAGAAAGCAGGAAAUGAAAUGUACAAGAAGGGAAAUUUUGGAGAGGCAUUGGUUCUGUAUGAUAGAGCUAUUGGUAUGGUACCAGGGAAUGCAGCUUACAGGAGUAACCGAGCCGCGGCUUUGAUGGGAUUAGGAAGGGUAGCUGAGGCUGUGAAAGAGUGUGAAGAGGCAGUCAGGUUGGAUCCUAAUUAUUGGAGAGCACAUCAGAGAUUGGGGUCUUUGUUUAAUAGGUUAGGUCAGGUUGAGAAUGCCAGGAGGCACCUAUACAUUCCAGGGCAUCAUACAGAUCAUUUUGAAUUGCAGAAGCUACAAUUAAUAGAGAAGCAUCUAAACAAAUGUUCAGAUGCUCGGAAGGUUAAUGAUUGGAGAAAUGCAUUGAGGGAAGCUGAUGCUGCUAUCACUGCUGGAGCUGACUAUUCUCCUCAGCUCUUUAUUUGUAGAGCUGAAGCUCUUUUGAAGCUCCAUCAACUUGAAGAUGCCGAAUCAUGCCUAUCAAACAUUCCAAAAUUAGAACCAUAUACCAACUCAUGCUCACAGAGUAAGUUCUUUGGGAUGCUUUCUGAAGCUUAUUCUUUCUUAGUUCGGGCACAGAUUGAGAUGGCCUUGGGAAGGUUUGAGAAUGCACUUACAGCUGCUGAGAAAGCCGCUCACAUUGAUCCACGAAAUGUUGAAGUAGCUGUGCUUCUUAAUAAUGUGAGACUGGUGACACGAGCACGUGCCCGUGGCAAUGAUCUCUUUAAAUCUGAAAGAUUCACUGAAGCUUGCUCAGCAUAUGGGGAAGGCCUCAGGCUUGAUCCUUCAAAUUCUGUUCUCUAUUGCAAUAGAGCUGCUUGUUGGUUUAAGCUUGGUGUAUGGGAGAGGUCUAUUGAUGACUGCAACCAAGCAUUGCGUAUCCAACCUAAUUACACAAAAGCCCUUCUCCGAAGAGCUGCCUCAAAUAGUAAGCUAGAAAGGUGGGCUGACGCAGUUAGGGAUUAUGAAGUUCUGAGGAAGGAACUUCCUGAUGACAAUGAAGUUGCUGAAUCUCUAUUUCAUGCUCAAGUUGCAUUGAAGAAAUCUCGUGGAGAAGAAGUGUAUAAUAUGAAAUUUGGUGGUGAAGUGGAGGAAAUAUUGGGGCUGGAGCAGUUCAGAGCAGCAAUUUCUUUGCCAGGUGUCUCAGUAGUUCAUUUCAAAUCAUCUUCUAAUUUGCACUGCAAACAAAUAUCUCCAUUUGUAGACGCACUAUGUGGUCGCUAUCCAUCCAUAAAUUUUCUCAAGGUGGAUAUUGGCAACAGCCCAGCAGUUGCAAAUGCUGAGAACAUAAGGAUUGUACCAACAUUCAAGAUAUACAAGAACGGCAGCCGAGUGAAGGAGAUUGUCUGCCCAAGUCAUGAUAUGUUAGAGCAUUCGGUGAGGCAUUACAGCUUUUAAAAAUCAAAGCUCUACUUGUUGUACCACUAUAUAUCCCAGUUUUCACAUUACCUUCUUGCAAAGCGAACACAUGGGAACUCUUCAGUGCGCCCCCAGUCUUUCCUCCCACCGUGUAAGGAAUUUCCAGAUACCUGUCACAUAAAAACCAGAAGCUACAUAAUAAUCCAUACCGGCCAUUACCUAAGGAACCCAGAGAGAUAGAUUAGUUCUCCUUUAGCCGUUUUAAUUUAUUCAUUCAUUCCUCAUUACUCUCUGGUUCCAUGUUCUUCCUGCCAUCUCUUCUUUCUUUUUUUCCUUUUUUUUUUUAUAAUUUUUUUAUAUGCUUUUUAGCAUUUCUUUUUCAUUUUCUUGUAGGCCAGCCUGUUCUUGUGUCCCCCCCUCCCCCCCCCACUUUCUUUCACAGAAAAAGAAAAAAGAAACAUAAAAGAUAAAGAGAGAUGUACAAUUGAUUAAGUUUGUUCCCUUGUUGUAUUAGAGAGAGAGAGAUAGUGGCAGGCUGGUAGAUGAGGAUAUUGUACUUGUAUAUAUGUGAUAUAUACAGAAAGAAUUGGAAACCUUGAGGGAGAUUGGAUGCCUGGUGGGUACUUAUGGGUUUAGUGAAAAACAAGGAUAAAACAUAUGUUGUUAUCAAUAUUGUUGUUUCGUUCCUCAACCAUUUCAUUUCAUCAAUAAAAUUAUUCCCAUUUUUUUUACUUUA